AGACGCGUGCGUGGCAGGCGAGUCUGCGCUGGCGCGACCCCAACCUCACCGCGAUGUCCGGCUUCCGGCACCUGCGGCUGAACGACAAUCCGGCGCUGGGGGACGGCGCGGCGAGGGUGAUCGCGGACGCGCUGCGCGACGACCUCUGGCUGAAGGUCGUCGAGAUGCAGGCGUGCGGCAUGACCUCGUCUGGGGUCGCGGCCCUCGCGGACGCUCUAGCCGUCAACACGACGUUGUCCGUGCUCGAUGUCGCGAGCAACGACGUCGCCGCGCCCGUGCUCGCGUCCCUCCGAGCGGCACUUCAGCGCAAUAGCCAUGCGGACAUGCCGCUGGAGUACGAGGAGUUGCUGAUCGCCGAGAAGGCUGAGCGCGCGCAUGCGGGCACGCGUCCAGCGACUGCUGUGAGGAAGGCGACCGGUCCGCGGGACGGCCACGCCGGCAGAGCACCGGCCGCCAGACGUCAGGUGACUUCCACCGCGAAAAAGUUGCAUGCGCCGUUAUCCAACACAAGAACGUCUUCGCGGCCGAAAUCUGCGUCGGCGAGGUCGUGCGGCGCAAACAUGGCGCGGGACGUUACCGCGCUGCGCUCUCAAGUGGCUGCACUGCGUGCAGAGGCGGCCGAGAAAGAAAAGGCGUUGUCGGAGGAGCGGCGGCUGCGCGUCGCGGCGGAGCGGAAGCGUGACGAGCUGAUUGCUGACAACGAGUUCCUGCGCCGAGAGGUGGGAAGCAUCCGGGAGGAGGCGAGGCACGCGCGAGGGAGGGGAGAGGACGAUGCCGACCUCGCGGACGUUCACGCCACCAUCACGCAGUUCCAUAAGUUCCUCGAUCUACUCCAUACUGUUGUGCCAGAUCGUCGAUGAACGCAGACGACGAACAUUGGGAAAUGUUCGUGUAUUCACUCUCCUGGGUGUUCUGUAUGGAUCGGUGAAUGCAGACAAUGAAAAACUCGGGCCAUCACCUCAGACAGCAGGGGUAGAAAUUAACUUUCGAACACGGGAGUCCAACAGACUCCCUACCCUCAAAAAGAGGGAGUCCGCG